AUGGACCAGACUGAACAGCCGCAGCACCGUCGUCAACCUCGCUUCGCUCGCUUGGACGGAGCUUGCGAGACACUACUGCACGCUCUAACCCCAGUGUCCGACUUUCAUCAUUGUGCCGCGCAAACGACCCCACCGUCCAUCACGACGGCCGCCAUCCCAUUGCAGACGCGGAAGCGGUCUUGUCCCCCGAACCCGAGGGGACAAGAGCGUCCCGCCGAACCGGACCGAGUCGACCCCGAUUCGGACGAUACCGUCGACGACGAGCAGGACCGCAAUUGCAGGUACGACCAUGGAAGCAGCGACCCAGACGAGCCCCUCGACCUGAACCCCACCGACCCCCCCAGGUCCUUCGUUCAGCGCUUCCGGCUUUUCAUGUCGCGCGCUCCUCUUCUCCGGACGUCGCCCGCGCUGGGCUCGUCGUCAUACAGCGCUGUGCGUUUCCCGCAGGACGAGUCCGACGAAAACGACGAUGAUUCCGAUCCUGCGUCGCGCCAACAUCACCCGAGACACGAGGAGUUACCCGGACCGCUGCGGGCUAGCUUCGAGAGCUCCGCCGAGGGCCCUUCGAGCGAUGGACAACGACGACGGUCAAAACCCAAGCGGUCACACUCCUCCAGCCGGCGGAGGAGCAGUGGCCUGUACACAGAGGGACACAAGCGGCGAUCUUCAUUGGCCACCUCGGAGGUGGGGAUGGGCGCCGAUUCCAAGUACUCCUUUGCGACGGGACUUGCAGUGCCCGGGAACCCAGUGAUGCAGGAAACCCCAGCAUCCUCACCGUAUCUGACGAGUGACGAUGAAUAUAUUUCGGAUGUGGACGACGAAGGUGCAAAACCGUUUGACGAGGAUCCUCCGGACAAUUCGCCCUAUGCCCAAGUACGAGCGACGGUCCCGGCGACAGACGAUAUCUCGCUCUCCAUUAAUACCCCUCGGAUGUGGAUUCUUGCAUUGCUUUUUUCAUUGACCGGUUCUGCCGCCAAUCUCUUCUUCUCCCUUCGCUACCCAAGCGUGGCCAUCACCCCAAUUAUUGCUCUGGUUUUGGUUCACCCAUUGGGCAAGACUUGGGAUGUGCUGCUGAAGCGGACGGAUGAUCCUCUCGAGGUUUUCGAGAAUGGCACUCUUGACCAUCGGGAAUCACUCUCAGGCGAUAUUGAUGCCCCUGAUCCUACCCGGUUCACGCGGAUCCGACUCUGGCUCGGCCAGGGGCGUUGGAACGAGAAGGAACAUGCUUGUGUUUAUAUUAGCAGCAAUGUUUCUUUUGGGUUUGCGUUUGCGACUGAUGUGAUCGUUGAGCAACACAAAUUCUAUCAGCAAGAAGUUCCUAUUUUGUAUCAGCUACUGCUCAUUAUUUCAACCCAAGUUUUGGGGUACGCCUUUGCAGGGUUGACCAGACGCUUUCUGGUACGGCCAUCGGCCAUGAUAUGGCCGGGGACCCUCAUGUCGACCGCCAUGUUUUCCACCAUGCACAAGACGGCCAACAAGAAGGCCAAUGGAUGGAGCAUUUCCAGAUACAAGUUCUUCAUUCUUGUCUGGGUGGGUGCCUUUUUGUGGUACUUUGUCCCGGGUUUGCUUAUGCCAGCCCUCAGCUACUUCAACGUUGUCACUUGGUUUGCGCCCAAGAAUGUGGUUGUGUCAAACCUUUUUGGGGUUGCUUCAGGUCUUGGGAUGUUGCCUUUGACUUUUGACUGGGCCCAAAUCGCAUACAUCGGGUCACCGUUGCUCACACCGUGGUGGGCAGCAGCCAAUAUUGUGACAGGCUUGGUGGUGGUCAUUUGGAUUAUUGCUCCGAUCUUGUAUUAUAACAAUGUGCUCUUCUCCUCAUACAUGCCGAUCCUGUCGGCGGCAGUGUUUGACAACACAGGCCACCCAUACAACGUCAGUCGAAUCUUGACUCCAGAGUUCCUUUUCGACCAAAAAGCAUACGAGGAGUAUUCGCCGGUCUAUCUGCCUAUCACCUAUGUCUUGUCAUACGGUGUUCAAUUUGCUGCCCUCACCUCUCUCGUUACGCACACUAUUUGUUGGUAUGGCAGGGAUAUCUUCCAUCAAACCCGCAAGGCUUUCGAGGAACGUCGGGACCUGCCUGAUCUCGACACAUAUCAGCCUCUGCGGACCGAAAAUGGCCAUGCUUCUCCUUCGCGGCACAGUCAUGAGGCCCGGAGAGUUAGCUCUCAAGACCCCGUUCGGGAGCUGCCUCUGGGGAUGGAGGAUGUUCAUUGCCGUCUUAUGAGGCGCUACAAGGAUGCUCCACUGACAUGGUACCUGAUCGUGCUUAUUACGAUGCUUGCUAUUGCUACCUACACGGUCGAGCACUAUCCGGUCCAUCUACCCUGGUAUGGUCUGUUUCUAGCCCUGCUCAUCACCAGCGUGUUCUUCAUCCCCGUCGGCAUCAUCAUGGCUGUCACCAACCAACACAGCAGUCUCUAUCUGAUCUGUCAGCUCUUGUGUGGCAUUGUCUUCCCCGGACGACCCGUUGCGAACAUGAUCUUCGUGACUUAUUCCUAUAUUAGCUCGGCGCAGGGCAUCAAAUUCUCCUCAGACCUGAAACUCGGGCACUAUAUGAAGAUCCCGCCCCGGAUACUCUUCGGCGUCCAGAUGGUGGCGACCUUGGUGUCCAGCUUGACGCAGAUUGGCGUUCUGAACUGGAUGUUCUCCUAUAUCCCAGGGCUGUGCACUCCGGAGGCUAUGAAUGGUUUCAACUGUCCCAUCGCACGCGUCCAUUUCAAUGGCAGUAUGCUUUGGGGCGUUGUUGGACCGCAGCGAUUCUUUGGCCCGGGUGGACUCUAUCGACCUCUCGUUUGGGCGUUUCUCAUCGGUGCCGCGGCGCCUCUGGGGGCUUGGAUCCUGGGCCGGCGGAGCAAGAAAAACUUCUGGCGGAAGGUCAAUUUUCCCAUUCUGUUUGGCAGUCUCAGCUGGAUUCCUCCUGCAACGGGGCUGAACUUUUCUAUCUGGGCGCUUGUCUGCUUUGUCUUCAACUACGUGAUCCGUCGGCGAAGAACCGCGUGGUGGGAGAAGUACGCAAUGACGCUCUCGGCUGCUUUGGAUUCGGGACUGGCAUUUGCUGUCGUGGUUGUCUUCUUUGCUUUCAUUUACCCGGGCUGGGUUGAUGGGUUCAAGUGGUGGGGGACGGAGAUCUAUAAACAGGGAUGCGACUGGAUUGCAUGCCCGUACAAACAUCUGGAACCCGGGCAGAAAUUUGGUGAAUGA